AAUUGAUCCGGGAGUUGAAGAGGGCUCCAAAGGUGGGAAGUAAAGUCUGUGUCUCUGUGGCCGGUCAGUGUGUGUUUUGUGUCCAUUCUUCUGUCAUACAAAAAAAGAAGAAAUAUUGCAGUGAAUGAGGAUUCCUCUGCAUUUUAGAACUGCUUUUUCUACUGUAGUUGGCUUUUGAAUGAGGAUGACAAUGGAAGACGAAAAUGAAGCUGAGACCACUUCCAUGGUUUCUAUGCCCCUCUACGCAGUCAUGUAUCCUGUGUUUAAUGAGUUAGAACGAGUAAAUCUGUCUGCAGCUCAAACACUGAGAGCUGCUUUCAUUAAGGCUGAAAAAGAAAAUCCAGGUCUCACACAAGACAUCAUUAUGAAAAUUUUAGAGAAAAAAAGUGUAGAAGUGAACUUCACCGAGUCCCUUCUUCGAAUGGCAGCUGACGACGUAGAAGAGUAUAUGAUUGAACGACCAGAGCCAGAAUUCCAGGACCUGAAUGAAAAGGCACGAGCACUUAAACAAAUUCUCAGUAAGAUCCCAGAUGAGAUCAAUGACAGAGUAAGGUUUCUGCAGACAAUCAAGGAUAUAGCUAGUGCAAUAAAAGAACUUCUUGAUACAGUGAAUAAUGUCUUCAAGAAAUACCAGUACCAGAACCGCAGGGCACUUGAACACCAAAAGAAAGAAUUUGUAAAGUACUCCAAAAGUUUCAGUGAUACUCUGAAAACAUAUUUUAAAGAUGGCAAGGCAAUAAAUGUGUUCAUAAGCGCCAACCGACUAAUUCAUCAAACCAACUUGAUACUUCAGACCUUCAAAACUGUGGCCUGAAAGUUGUAUAU